AUGUCGGAUAUAAGUGAUUCAUCCGCAGUCAACAAAUCAGCCACCAUGCUACAAAUGUACAAGAGGGAGCCCAGCAGAAGAGUGUUUGUAAACAGAAGCCUUAUGCUGGAGAAGGUCAAAUUCUUCGGUUUUGAUAUGGACUACACACUAGCAGCAUACAAGUCUCCCGAGUAUGAAACCCUUGGCUUCAACCUGAUGAAAGAAAAACUGAUGGAGCUGGGCUACCCCGAGGAUAUUAAUGAGUUCCAGUACGACCCGAGUUUUCCCAUCAGAGGCUUAUGGUUUGAUAACCAUUUCGGCACGCUCUUGAAAGUUGAUGGCUUUGGCAACAUCAUGGUCUGUGUUCGAGGCUUCC